AUGAGAGGCUUCAAUUGCUCCAUCACCUGUGGUCAGUCCCAUCCCCUCACCCUCUCUAUUGACACCAUUCGUUCCUUCAUUCAUUCUCUUUACUUACCAUUUUCAGGGAAUGAAAUAGCUACAACCUGCGUUGAACGCUUCUGGAUAGAGUGUGGAAAAUCGUUUGAGUCGUGUCGGAUAGUCGGAGGUUAUCCCGUAUGUCCUGGCAAAUAUCCUUGGAUGGCUGCCAUUUCCUAUCGGGGAGAUUUUCAGUGCGGAGGAUCCCUCAUCAACGACAAAUACAUUCUCACUGCUGCCCAUUGCCUAAUUGGGAAUGCAUCUGGGUAUUUGGUGUCACUGGGAGAUCACGAUCUGAAGGUGCUGUCGGAAGCUGCCUCCAUCUCAGUCCCCGUUUCCGGACUUCUGCUCCAUCCAGAAUACACGCACAAAGAUGACCAUUACGUGAAUGACAUUGCCCUCCUGGAACUGAAAGUCCCAGUGAAUUUCAAGGAACACUCGAACAUCCGGCCGGUGUGUCUGCCCAAACCGGAUGAGAUGGACGUUGGGAAAGAAGCGACAGUCGCAGGAUGGGGCUCCGAAUACAGC